ACUAAUUUAAGAGCUCUGCCACCUUCAGCCAACAUCCCAAACCCAGCUGCUCCCUCUCUUCUCUCUCCAUCCAGGUGAAUGGACAAACACAGCCUGAAAAAUAGCAAGCAAGCUAGAGAGAGAGAGAGAGAGACGGAUGAAACACAUGGCAACAAUACAGGAGGUUUAUAAUCAGACUGGGGAGAUAGCAGCUUGUACCCAGGAGUGUGUCGUCUGAACACCACGGAGAGAACAGACCAGCAAUCAUCUCUUCCUGCUUGUGUGUGUGUGUGUGUGUGUGUGUGUGUGUGUGUGUGUGUGUGUGUGUGUGUGUGUGUGUGUGUGUGUGUGUGUGUGUGUGUGUGUGUGUGUGUGUGUGUAUCUGACAGACAGAGUGCAGUGGAAUAGCAGGAGUUGGUUUUCGGGGGAAGACAGCGCCACUGAUCCAUUACAACAGAGAUUCUCUGACAACCGAAAGAGCAGCAACUUCAAGGAGCGUAACACACUGUGGAUAAAUUGAGAGUUUCUGAGGGAACGAGAAGAUUGAAGACAGAGAGAGAAAGACUUUCGUUGUUCUUCUCUGCUCCACUUACCCUGACCCUUCUCCCUCUCCCUCACUCCCCCUACCCCCCUCGUCCUCGUCUCACCUGAGAUGGACCGGCUGCUGGCUCUGGCCCUGGUCUACCUGGUGUACCUGUCGACUGCAGUGAUUGGCUCAGAGAAGAAGCACCGGGUGCAGCAUGGACCCUGCAGUUACACCUUCAUUCUCCCAGAGGUGGAACACUGCCAGCCCCUCAAAGACUUCCAGGUAACCAACUCCCUCCAGAGGGAUUCCCCACCACCGCCUGCCCCGGACCCAGGAUCGAGUCACCCUGAGCAGGACAAAGACCAGCCCGCUAGGUCCUCAUGGCAGGAGAGGAAGAUGGAGAGACUGGAGAGCUCCACAGAGAAUAAUACACAAUGGUUGCAGAAGCUGGAGAGGUCCAUCCAGGAGAACCUGCGUGCUGGGAUGGAGGAGAUGAAGACAAACGCUGUUCACACCCAGACGGCGGCCAUGUUGGAGAUCGGGACUAAACUCUUCAGCCAAUCAGCCGAGCAGACCCGCAAAUUGACAGAUGUGGAGACCCAGGUGCUGAACCAGACCAGUAGAAUGGAGAUUCAUCUGUUAGAGUAUUCUCUGUUCACUGACCGUCUAGAGAAACACUUCCUCCAGCAGAACCAGGAGAUCUCACGACUCAACGAUAAAAGCAGUUUGAUAGAGCAGAGGUUCUCAGCUUUAGAGGCCAGGCACGUUGAGGAGCUCCAAGGUCUUCAGAGGGAGAGACAGCAGCUGCAGGACAUGCUGGAGAGACAGAGGCGCCUGGUCACCCAGCUACAUGGAGAGCUGGGGACCUCCACACACAUCAGCACACAACUGCAGAAACAGCAGGCUAUACUGACUGACACCGUGCAGCAGCUGCUAGCCAUGGUCACCCACUGCAACGAAAUACCCACAACACCCAAAGAGGAGCCAGUGAUCUACAGAAACUGUGCUGAAAUCUUCCGAUCUGGGCUCACAGAGAAUGGUGUCCACAGCAUACGACCCCCGAACUCUACCCGCACAGUGAAGGUGUUCUGUGAUAUGAAGACGAGAGGUGGAGGCUGGACUGUGCUUCAGCAUCGUAGAGAUGGAGCCGUGGAUUUCCACCGUGGAUGGCGGGAUUACAAGAUGGGUUUCGGGGAUCCCUCGGGAGAGUACUGGGCAGGAAAUGACCUCAUCCAUCUGCUGACCAGCUCCCAGGAGUACAGUCUCCAGGUGCAGCUGAAGGACGACGAGGGGAACGAGGCCUACUCCCACUACGAUCACUUCUAUAUAGACGCAGAGGACAAAAACUACAGUCUCCAUGCCCAGGGGUUCAGUGGUACCGCUGGUCGCACCAGUAGUCUGACCCAGCAUGGGACCCAGUUCAGCACCAAGGACCGAGACAACGAUCGCUGCUCCUGCAAGUGUGCUCAGAUGUCUUCUGGAGGUUGGUGGUUUGAGGCAUGUGGUCCCUCCAACCUGAACGGUAUCUUCUACGCUGGCGUCUCCAACGUGGUCCGUUACAACGGCAUCAAGUGGUACUACUGGAAGGGCGCCAACCUCAUGGCGACCAUGACGACCAUGAUGGUUCGACCCGCAGGCUUCUGAGGGAUAACAGCUGCGAUAGCUGAUGAUUUCAAAGGGGAAGCGACUGAUGACAUCACCCUGACUGAAUAAAUUACUGACAGAUGAGCGAAUAAUGAAGUUUGACAGAAAUUUGGAAUACGAUAUUUGAGUGGCGAUUUUAGAAAUGUUUGAUUGAUGGACAUUUUCAAAGGUUUUUUUUUCUCCAAAAAUGUAUUCUGUUGGCCUCCUGAGCGGUGCAGUGGUCUAAGGCACUGCGUCGCUGUGCUUGCCGUGCCACUAGAGAUUCUGGGGUCGAGUCCAGUCUCUGUCGGAGCCGGCCCGCGACUGGGAGACCCAUGGGGCGGCUUGCAAUUGGCCUAGCGUCGUCCGGGUUAGGGGAGGGUCUGGGAUGUCCUUGUCCCAUCGCGCUCUAGCGACUCCCGUGGCGGGCCGGGUGCAGUGCACGCUGACACGGCCGCCAGGUGUACGGUGUUUCCUCCGACACAUUGAUGCAGCUGGUUUCCGUGUUAUUGGGCGUUGUGUCAAGAAGCAGUGAGGCUUGUUCGGGUUGUGUAUCAGAGGAAGCACGGCUCCCGACCUUCACCUCUCCUGAGUCCGUACAGGAGUUGCAGCGAUGAGACAAGACUGUAACUACCAAUUGGUUACCAUGAAAUUAGAGAGAAAAAGGGGUAUUAACAUUUAAAAAAAAAAUUUAAAACAUGUAUUCUGUUUUAGAGAUUUUUCCCACCAAAAUGGCACAACAUAAACAUGUGUUUUCUAAUGUAACUGUACAUACUAGACUUAGACUUCAGAAAUGAUUCCCUUGACUUAUUCCACAUUUUGUUGUUGACACAGCCUGAAUUCUGAAUGGAUUAAAUAUAUUUUUUCUCAACCAUCUAUGUACACACCAUAAUGACAGAGUGAAAAUUAUGUUUUUAGAAAUUGUAGCAAU